CGCGCGCAACCGCAUGAUCUUUAUAAAUACAAAUAAUAAACCGGUUAAAGUUGUCUUUGACCAAAAGUGGUAGAAGAAAAGCAAUAACUUUUUUUUUGGUUUUUUUUAACAAUCGAUUCUUGACAGGUAGACAUUUUAUAUCAAGACAAAAUGCUUUCCAAACAAGAAUCGAUCGAUCUUAGAGGAAAACUUAUCGGAGAAUCAUGCCAACUAUUCUUCAGGAAAAAUCCAUUAAAAAUUGUAAGAGCAAAUGCCCAAUACAUGUACGAUGAAAAAGAUGAUGCCUAUUUAGAUUGUAUUAACAACGUAGCACACGUUGGUCAUUGUCAUCCGGCAGUGGUUAAAGCAGGAUGUGAUCAAAUGAGUGUCCUUAACACAAACAACCGAUUUCUUCAUGACAACAUCCUUCUCUGUGCUCAGAAAAUUCUUAGCACUCUGCCCGAAAAUCUUUCAGUCUGCUACUUCGUAAAUUCAGGUUCCGAAGCUAACGACUUAGCUCUGAGAUUAGCUCAGAUACAUACCGGAAAUAAAGAUGUCAUUGCCUUGGAACAUGCUUACCACGGCCACCUGACAUCUCUGAUUGAUAUUUCUCACUACAAAUUCGAUCUACCCGGUGGCGUUGGGCGAAAGGACCAUGUUCACGUGGCCCCCAUUCCAGACACAUACAGAGGCAAACAUCGAGACUCCAAUAAAUCUGAAGAAGAAUUGGGUAGCAUGUACGCAGAAGAAGUUCGAGCAAUUUGUAAUAAAAUCCAAGAAAAAGGAAAGGGAGUGUGCGCAUUUAUCGCUGAAAGUUUGAUAAGCUGCGGAGGACAAGUUAUUCCUCCGAAUCAGUACUUUAAUGAGGUUUACGAUGCAGUCAGAGCUAGCGGUGGAGUUUGUAUAGCUGAUGAGGUUCAAGUUGGAUUUGGAAGAAUCGGGAAACAUUGGUGGGCUUUCCAGCAAUAUGACGUUUAUCCAGAUAUAGUAACUAUGGGCAAACCUAUGGGUAACGGUCAUCCAGUCGCCUGUGUUGUUACCACUAAGGAAAUUUCAGAAAGUUUUAAUAAGACUGGAGUAGAAUAUUUUAAUACGUAUGGAGGAAAUCCAGUGUCCUGUGCCAUAGCAAACGCAGUAUUCGAUACCAUCGAGACUGAGAAUUUAAGAGAAAACGCUGUUGUUGUUGGGGAAUACCUUUUAGAUAACUGUCAAAUAUUGUCCAGAAAACACAAAGUUAUUGGUGACGUAAGAGGAGUUGGUUUAUUUGUUGGUAUCGACUUGGUAAAAGAUAGAGAAACCAGGGAACCUAAUCCAAAAUGUGCCAAAUUUGUACACCAAAGAAUGAGAGAGGAACACAUCCUGAUAACGAUCGAUGGCCCACAUAGCAACAUUAUCAAAUUUAAACCUCCUAUGGUAUUCACAAAAGAAAACGUUGAUGCUGUCAUGUCCACGUUAGACAGGGUGUUCAAAGAAUAUAGAGAGAAAUCAGAAUUGUUUGAAGUUAAUACAACCAGAAUGCCUGGCUAUGUUACAGAUGGAAAAUCGACGAAAGAACACAGACCCAUCAAAGCUUUAUUGGAACGCUCAAACAUCAAGUCCAUUUGAGAUUAUCCGUCGCUUUUAGAGAUAAUAAGUACCUGUUUAUUAGUAUUUAUCGAGAUUUAAGUCUAAAAUUUGAUGUUUAGUUUUUUUUAUUGGCAUUAUUUAUAGUAGAAACGGUGCCCUAUUUUUUUAAUUUAUUGAUUUUGUUUUUGUUUAUUUUUAAAGCCGGGUUUUAAUUUACUAAAAAUCUUCCAUUUUUCCCCCAAACAGAUUGUUUAUAUAUUCCAAACAAUACUUUCGUUAAACAAAUUGGGCAUUCUAUGAACUGCGCCACUUGAAAACACAUUGUUCUUUGAAUCAUCAAUGUUUCUCACAUAAGGCAAAUUGUAUCAAUGAGCAUUUAGAAUAUAUAAAAAUCGGUUUGGAGACAUUUUUUAUUUUGCUAGCAUUUUAAAUAAAAAAUAUUGAAAUAUAAAAUAAAGAAUAGCUUAAAUACAAAAUAUAUUAGCCAUGCAUGUGUAAGUGC